AUGGGUGUCCAUCAGUUGUGGAAUGUUCUGGGACCAACCGCAAGGCCUGUUAGGUUGGAGGCUUUGAGCAGGAAAAAGCUUGCCGUUGAUGCGUCAAUCUGGAUCUAUCAGUUCUUGAAGGCGGUGAGAGAUAAAGAAGGACGAGCGUUUGCCAGCUCUCACAUUGUUGGUUUCUUCAAAAGGAUUUGCAAGCUGCUGUUUUUUGGCAUCGAACCAGUGUUUGUAUUUGACGGUGGCGCUCCCAUCUUGAAAAGGAAAACGAUUGCCAAGCGACGAGAGCGAAGAGAGGGAAAAAGAGAAACGGUUGAACAGGCUGCAAAGAGGUUGCUUGCAACCCAAUUGCAGAAUAAGGCAGAUUCACUGACAUCGAAGCGUAAAACAAAGAAAGAUGAUACUCCUUUUGAGUCUUAUUUGGAAGACAACGAUUAUUUGAACCCUGCUCCAAAGCCAAGUAAGGCCAAGUCAGAGGAGCCCAAAUCUUUUCGAAAGGAGGAUGAGUAUCACUUGCAGCAACUUGAUGCCUUUGAGUAUUCUGCUGAAGAUAAAAGAAUGAUGAUUAAUUUCAAUGCUCACCAACAAGCUGCGGAUAUCGAAGAGCUGAUAGAUAGUAUUGAUCUCGACAGCAUUGAUCCAUCAUCCGAAGAGUUUUUGGCUCUCCCCUUGGCAGUACAGUAUAUUAUUUUAUCUCAUCUGAGAUUACGGUCUAGAUUGAGAAUGGGUUACACUAAAAAUCAACUGAACACCUUAUUCCCUAACGGCAUGGAUUUCAGUAAAUUUCAGAUACAGCAAGUUCAAAAAAGAAACUAUUUUACCCAGAAACUUAUGAAUGUGUCAGGAAUGGAUGCUACGAAUCCAGAACAGAUAACUAGAAGAAUUGCUGGUGAUGUAGAUAAAAGUUACUCUUUGCAAAAGAAUGACCAAGGCUGGACCUUGGCACUUGCCAAAGACGGUUCGUCUGCGAGCAAUCCAAUUCAACUGGACGAUUAUGGUAACGUCAUUAAAACUGAACAAACCACUGCCAUAAAACACGAGGAAGAAGAAGACGAAGACGAAGAGUUUCCUGAAGAGGGAUGGGAUGAGGUACCGUUAGACAAGGUGAAUAAUUUGCCUCUGUUGAAACCGCAGGAAGAUUUACCAAGAAAAUCAUUUAUGGACCCAAGUAUUCAUGGUGGGCAGUCAGCAUUCACGCAUGAAGAACUAUAUACCAGGGACGUGGAGCAGCAAUCAAAGACUGAAUCAUUGGAGUCAGAUGAUGAAGAGUACAACCAGGCUUUGGUCCAGUCGCUUUAUGAAAUGGCCAAAAAGAACAAACAAACAAAGGUGAAGGAAACCUCGGUGACUAGUCAAGACGAUUUAGAUCUGAGAAAAGCAGUUGAAGAGUCUAAAGAUGAUUACUUUGCCUUGCGAAAUAAAGAAAGGGAAUUAAUGUUCAAGAAGAAUUCAACUGAUGAAAAUAUGAUACUGAUAGAUAAACCAGUUUCAGAAACUGAGGUAGCUGAAAAGAAUCUUCCUGAAAUUAAGUUUGGAAAGUCAUUCCUUUUUAAAGGCAACAAUAAACCUAGCGAACAAGUUGAAGUCCUGCAGAAGGACAUUAUUGCCGAGAAGAACAACAGCAAAGAGGAGAUGUUAGAGGAAGAAAGGAAGGAGGAGCGGGAAUCAGAGUUUGUAGUGGCAUCUCCAAUUUCGUCCGAUGACGAUAUUGACCUUGAUCAGGAAGUAAAACAAAAGGCCCAACCUUUACCAUCUUGGUUCGAUAAUAAAGUUGACCAAGUUUCAAACCAAGUUCCUUUUAACGAGGACAGGGUAGUUGAUCCAAACGAUGAUGAAAAAGCUGGGCUGAUUCCAUUCCGUGAAAUUGAAAAUAUGGAAUCUGAAGACAACUCUUCCCCAGAAGCUAAAGAAGCCGAGGUGGUUGAUCUGGAAAGUCCCGCACAGUAUGAUGAUGAGCCGGUAAAAGAGAACAUAUCUAUAGAAGAAGGUAAUGCGGUUGAAAAUAAGCCAAACAAUCUGCCAGCUUCACCGAAUGAAAAGGACGAAGUUAUUGAUCAGCCAAUUGAAAACAACUUAAAACCAGCCAACGCUGACAACAAAUUACUGGAUUACUACUUUUCUGAAUCAGAGGAAGAAAGAUUAGCGGACCAGAUGAUGGAAGAAGAGGAUCAACACGAGCAAUUCGCAAGCGAUCUGCAGAAGCAGUAUGGGUACACAACCUCCAAUACAACAGUUCCCAUUUAUGAUUCAAAAAUGAAAGAACAACAUAAAAAAGACCAAAGAGAUUCGGAUGAGGUUACCCAAGGAAUGAUCGAUGACAUCCAAGACAUGCUGACUAGAUUUGGUAUUCCUUAUAUCACAGCACCAAUGGAGGCAGAAGCCCAAUGUGCCGAAUUGCUUAAAUUAAAGCUAGUGGAUGGGAUUAUUACGGAUGAUAGUGAUUGUUUCUUGUUUGGAGGUGAAAGGAUUUACAAGAACAUGUUUAACGAGAAGCAAUAUGUCGAAUGCUAUUUUUUGGAAGAGAUACAGAGAGAUUUAGGUCUUACCAGAAACAAAAUGAUAGAAAUAGCAUUACUAGUGGGAAGCGAUUAUACAGAAGGAAUCAAAGGUAUUGGUAUAGUGACAGCCAUGGAAAUUCUUUCAGAAUUUGAUCCCCAAAAAGAGGGAAAUAGCACCCCAAAGAACAUGUUAGGAAGCGGAUCUCUGAUCAAUUUUCGUAACUGGUGGAUGGAUUAUCAGAAUGGAGUUCCUGCUCCUUCCAAUGAAAGCGAAAUCAGAACUAAACUAAAGAGAAAGUUUAAGGGAAAGCUUUUCUUAGAUUUCGGGUUCCCCGACCCUCAAGUAUUCGAAGGAUACUUGAGACCUGAAGUAGACAGUGAUGAUACCAAAUUUCAGUGGGGAACUCCUGACCUGGACCAGUUGCGACGAUUUCUGAUGGCAACCGUUGGGUGGGAUCAGAAGAAGGUUGACGAAGUGCUGGUUCCUGUUAUCAGGGACAUGAAUAAGAAGAAGCAAACUACUUUGGGAGAGUUUUUCCCAACAGAAAUGCUUCAAAAGCGCCGUAAUCUUACGAUGGGAAAACGACUAAAGAGUGCUACCGACAAACUGACUAAGAACAGUAAGAAGCAAAGGAAAGGUUAG